ACCACCUUGGGCAAUGCAGUCAGCGCGCUGCCAAAACAUGCAGUUCAAGUUAUUCGUCAUGUAUGGAAUGAGCAGGGCAAAUCUAUUAGUAUGUCAGAAGAUGCAAGAAAUAUGGCCACAGUGGGGCAGUUUGUAGAUAUUAAGUGGAAACUGGGAGUUGCGAUGAGCUCUGACACCUGCAGGUCUCUGAAGUAUCCUUACGUUACAGUGACGCUAAAAGUGGCAGACCCUUCGGGACAAAUAACAGACAAAUCUUUUGAAAUGACGAUCCCACAGUUCAAGAACUUCUUCAGACAGUUCAAGGAAAUGGCGGCUGUUCUGGAAACAGUUUGAAGAGAACUCUUUUAUUUACACUGAAAUGUCGGACAGACUUAGAUCAAGUAAACUUUCCGUCCUGCACAGGGAAUAAAGUGCCAUUGUUCAGCAAGCACUGUCCAUACGUACUCAUCCGGUUCCACUCUUGGUGCUUGAGUGCGUGAAGAAGCACGCAUGUUAGAGGGAUGAUGCUCAGCGCUCCUCAUACCCAGCCCUGGGUGCUUUGAAAGACUUCCUGACUCUUGUUUCCGAGGCUUUUCUGAGGGGAGGUGGAGAAAUGACCUGCCAUUUGAACUGAGUUGCUGGGAUAUGUCUGUUAAUUAUUUAUGACUUUGUGUCAUUGAGAAACUACACUGGCACCAUUCUUGGUAUUGUGUUGGGACUACAAGUGCCCUGUUGUUCACGGUUUAAAUCCUUUAACGCUGAAGAUGAACUGAUGAUCCAGAUAUGAUACAUGAAAUAGCUGCUGUGGUGCCAUGUGCCGAAACAGUAUACAUUAUCAAGGUAUUGUCUUAACGAACAAAACAUACUUCCUUGCAUAAACAGAAGGUAAAUAUACUUACCCAUUUUAUUUGGAAAAAUAAUCUUUACAGGUAGUGCUCCACUGACAAGCAUAUUGAAUCCAAAAUGUUCAGAGGCAUUUACUUACGUUUAGUUAACUGUGUCUGUGUUUGGUCACUUCAAUAGCAUACCUGAUUUUGAAAGAUUUUGCAUCUAAUGUCUAUUUCGUCAACAGAAAUCAAUGGUGGGUUAUCAACAAUUCAAAAAAGUCUGACUGGGUACGUGGUCGGUUUUAUCUGACCAACUGAAAAUGUAUGUGCAGCACAUGAUAUGGCAAUUAUUGAGCAUAGUACUUUAUGUACUUUAAAUCUUCCGAUAUCGUUUUUACUUUGAAUUUUACAAUUUGUUUCAAGAAGCUUGGCCAAUAAU